CAGUUCUUUCCUACAAGGAAAUAUGAGUAGCCAGUACCUUUCAGAUACUGAUAAAUAUAACCCUUUGUAAAUAUCUGGAAACGCUUUUCAAAAUGACAGAUAUAGCAUUUUUUCACUGUCGUAACUGUGAGAUGGGGUUCCGUUCCAGACGACUGCUAGAGAAGCACACCGAAAAAUUCUGCAUUGGACGAGAAAUGGCAAUGCAUAUAAAAUACUGGCACAGGCAGGCACAGCGUAAAGGGAAAGAGCCCAAGAAAACAGAAAUGGCAGACAGCAUGCUUCCCGUGUCAAAGCCAGAAAAAGACAAUUUCAGACAUGUCAAGGGGAAUGGGGAACACGAACAACAAGUCCAUAAAGUUCAAAGCUCCGAAGAUAAUGGAAGAGUUUCAGAUAACCAGGCCUUGAAGAAACUGACCGAAGAGUUCCACAAAUUGAGGAUAUCACUUGAAGGCACACUUCCAACAUUUCGGACACUCCAGAAUGAAAACCAAAUACUUCACCAGCAAGAAUACUGUCAGCGUCAAAGGCAAAUAGUAGAUGCACAUGAGCGCCAGUUGGCUGAAAUCCAAGCUAGCAAUCAACACCUGGAACAGCAAAAAGAUGAAAUUCGUACACGCCUGUCAGAGCUGAAAUUAGGAAAUUCAUCUUCAUCUCAGAUAGAAGAGUUAUUGAUGGAGCUGAAUACCCAAGAAAAAAAGAACAAGUUGACUUUGAAUGCACUGAGGGAACAAGUGAAACUUCUGCAGGCAGCAACAGAGAACAGAAGCAAUCUAGAGUCUACCACCAAUAGAAAGACAGAUAGCACUGUAAAUAAAAUGGACAAGAACGCCAUCUUCAAGUCUAUGAUGUUUCCAGCAGCUGUUGGGCCCCUCUCUUCUGAGAUACAGAUGCUGUACCUGACUUACUUGCAGAAUGGAGGCAGUGACCAUCACAUCCUCCGUCAGAUGUGUGAACUGCAGCUGGAGGCCUCAGCCCUGGAAAAAAAUGGCACAAAGCCUGAACAAAGGGGUAGAAAGAAAAAAUAUGAAGAUAGUCUCAACUCAAAAACUUUGGAUGCAGAACUCUUGUCUGUUGAGCUAGAGAAUCAGCGUCUGGAAGAUGAGAUACUAAAAAUGAAAAUUCUGAAGGAUAGAAGGAGAAUGGAAAAUGGUUCUUUGGACUUAGAGCUGGACAAGUUGCAAGAAGUACACAUGGCAGAAAUGGCUCAGCUACAUGCUGAGAUUGGCAGGCUGAGACACAAAACUGAAAGAAGAAAACUUCAGUGGCCUCGAAGGGGAUCAUCACCCCUUCUGCCACCUCCUAUAGCACCACCUCUGCCACCUCCUCCUCCUCCUCACCUUGGAUUCCCUGAUCCCACCAUUCUGACUAGAAAUAUGAAUCCCAUGGGAUCAUCUGCUGCAGGAACAAAUCAGUACUUUCUGGAUCCCUCUGACACACUAGGACCAGCUCCAUAUGAUCCAGUAUCUGGUUUUGUAAUAUUCUAUGAUUUUCUUUUGGGAUUGGAUCCUAUGUUCUACCAUGUUCGCCUGGUCUCUGGCUUGUAUCGUAAUGGGCAGCAACUAGGGAAGUCCACACCUCUUCCCAUUGUCUCCUCUGAUAUGGGCCACUCUCCACAGUCUCUGAUGGACAGGCAAAGAGCGUGCUGUGCCAUCUUAGCAGCUAGACAGCCAGUCCCAAGAAUCCUUCCUUCAACCUCUAUCAGCCUUGUAGCUGAGUUUCAGGCUUCUGGAGGUUUUGAUGUUUAUGGGCAGGAAAUCCAGAAUUUGGCUCCCCGAGGAUGGGCUAAAAUCCACAUUUUUGACCACCUGCACCAAGUGAUGAGUGGGCAUUGGAAAGUUCCUAUACGACUACUUCCUAUAAAACCAAGUCUUACUGAAGAACAGUUGAAUGGUGUGCCCCAGGUUGGCAAAACUGAGCUUUAUUUGCGGCUGGUGAACACAAGAGAUGCUGAUUUGCAAUCAAUGGCUGACAUCCAACCUGGCAGUGCUUCCUUAUAUAAAUACCCUCCUACAGCAUCCAGUUCCACAGCGCCUCCUAUCGAUUUUCCUCCAACCCAGCAUUCUUUCCAUCCUGCCCCCACCAGCCUGUCCUUUUCUGCUUCUCCUUACACUGGUUUAGUUGACCCUCCUCCUAAUCAAGAAAAGUCUGUCCAGCUAAAAACUAAUGAAAGGUGAAAAAGGAGGAUUAACUGUUUUCUCCCUCCAAGAUUUCUUUCCUUUCAAUUUUAAAAC